GUUGUUUAGGAACAAUGUUUGGGUUAGCAUCAACAACAGCACCUGCUUUUGGGUCACCAGCAACAAGAGCACCUGCUUCUUGGUCAACACCAGCAACAGCACCUGCUUUUGGGUCAGCAGCAACAACAGCACCACCUACAUUUGGGUCGGCAGCAACACCAGCAACAGCACCUGCUUUUAGGUCAGCAGCAACAACAGCACCUACAUUUGGGUCGGCAGCAACACCAGCAACAGCUCCUGCUUUUGGGUCAGCAGCAACUGCUUUAGGGUCAACUUUAACAACGGCAAAUACUUUGAGGUCAACAUCAGCAACAGCCACAUCUGUAUCAGCAGUAAGCAAUAAAUUCAGCUUCGCAUCACCUACUGUCGGAAGUGAAUUCAGCUUCGCACCACCUACUGUCGGAACCCGCAUUCCCUUCCAACCAUGUGAAUUUGGUGGCGAUACAGGAAAAGGGAGCAUUCAGACAAAAGGAAUUAACAAAAAGGGAUUGCAAAAGAUGAAAAGAUAAAGACAAACUCAAAGCUAUAAAUGUCAAUCCCCCCGAGUUUCCAAUUUUUUAAUUGGAAAUUAAAAAGACGUCACCGUGAUCUUAGCAUUUUAGCAACGGAAACUCAACGAGUAUCUGGAAAUCAGUAAAACUGUAAAGCUUGAAGCUUGAAGAACACAAAUUCAAAACUGGUGACGAUAUUAAUUUUCAAAAAGUGAAAAUGUUUGUAAAAAUAUUCGUUUAUAGGAAAGAGAUGCCUACUUCCUUCAAACAUCACAGUUUUACUCAUCUUAAGGGCGUUCCUGGACAAAAGUUCCUAUCGCAAGACUUUCUUAAAUUUUGCAUGGUGAAAGUACAUCAUGCUAGAAUGAAAAUAAGCAAAUAAAAAAGGGGGUCCCUAA